AUGGCCACUAGACAGGAUCGUUCUCGCAAACCGUAUGGUCGACCUGAUGAAGACCGGCCUACCGCGGAGGAUGGAUCCUGGCUACACGACAAAGCUCCCGGAACCAACCGCCAACGAAGAAGGUCUCCAGUGAGUGCGCCAGCAAACGCCGCCCCGAACUCGAGGCUUGUGGUGUCCGGCUUGCACUACGAAGUGACGGCGAAAGAUCUCAUCAAUGCUUUCGGCCACAUGGGAACGCUCGUGCGCGAGCCAUUGAUCAAGUACGACCGCAGCGGACGCUCGACGGGAGUCGCCAUCGUCACGUACGAAACCGCCGAUGAAGCCGCCUUGGCAAAGGCCAAGUUUGACGGCGUCAGAAUCAACGACAAACCGAUGAGGGUCUCCUUCGACACAGCACCUCCCAAAUCUCAACGUUCAGUCAGCGCGCCUACGUCGCUCCUCAACAGGAUCGAAAAACCGCCUUUGAUCGACCGUCUGGCAGACGAUAAAGCUAGUGCCGCCAUUGAGAAACCCUCGAGGACUGCGGGAUCGGGGCCAGUUCGGACUAGGGGCGGGAGAGGUCGCGGAGGCGCUGCUCCGCGCACCCCCCGCGAAAGCAAGAAGCCCAAGACGGCGGAAGAGCUCGACAAGGAGCUGGAAUCGUUUAUGGGCGAUACGAGCGCCCCGGUGCAGCCUUCGGUGGCCAGCGCUGAUGCGGACGUCGAAAUGGCGUCUUAAAUUCGCGAAAGCUCACCGUAGCAUUUACGAGGCCCUUCUUUUGAAUCGUCCUUGCCAAUCAUAGCAGACAUCCAUGCUCCUCUCGUGAUCAGGCCAUGCUUUCGUUGUACAUUAUCAGCCUCUCCCUGUUGCUCAAAACCGAUACUCAGUCCACAAUAGUCUAAAAUACAUACUUAACUCGC